AUAAGAUAAUCCUUAUCACUGUUAGUUGCAAAUAAGCUAACCACAUACUUUAUCUUCAAGAAUGGGUUUACUUGUGCUCACUGCAGCUUACGUUCUGGUGAUUUCUUUGGUUGUAACAGACGCGGAAGCAGAAAGGAAUGUAAAGGAUAUGAUUAAAAAUAAUAGUGAUGGUCCAAAAGAACAAUAUUUUAAUCAAGACUUCGAUACACACACUUAUAACUAUGGAUACAACGUUGGAAUACAUAGUCAAUUUCAUCAUCAAAACCAAGGACUGGAUGGCAUCACAUACGGAUGUUAUGGUCAUAUAAAUUCCCAUGGAAAUCUAUCAGCAAUUUUUUAUGUAAGUGAUGGAUGGGGAUAUCGAGUAGUUCGUCCUGAAGAUGAAGUUAAAAUCUUUAAUUACAAAUGUCAUGCGACACCCAGGCAACAGUGUCAUGAUCAGAUUCAACAUUUUCACCAGCACGGCGUCUCCACUGCUUGGAAAGAUGUACAUUUUCCAUUGAGUUGUAGAAAAUAUAAAGCGCCACCUAUCGCGCAACAACCACACCCCCAAGGGGCGAUGUGGGGGAACUGA